CUCUGCUUAUGAUAAUGUCAACAAAGUCCGAGUAGCAAUCAAGAAAAUCAGUCCCUUCGAGCACCAGACCUACUGCCAGCGGACCCUGAGGGAGAUAAAAAUCUUACUGCGCUUCAGACACGAGAACAUCAUCGGGAUCAAUGACAUUAUCCGAGCGCCGACCAUCGAGCAGAUGAAAGAUGUAUAUAUAGUACAGGAUCUCAUGGAAACAGAUCUUUACAAGCUCUUGAAGACACAACACCUCAGCAACGACCAUAUCUGCUAUUUUCUUUAUCAGAUCCUCAGAGGGUUAAAAUAUAUCCAUUCAGCUAACGUUCUGCACCGCGACCUCAAGCCUUCCAACCUGCUGCUCAACACCACCUGCGAUCUCAAGAUCUGCGACUUUGGCCUGGCCCGUGUUGCAGACCCAGACCAUGAUCACACAGGGUUCCUGACAGAGUACGUAGCCACACGUUGGUACAGGGCUCCGGAAAUCAUGUUGAAUUCCAAGGGCUACACCAAGUCCAUCGACAUCUGGUCCGUGGGCUGCAUCCUGGCAGAGAUGCUCUCGAACAGACCCAUCUUCCCCGGGAAGCACUACCUCGACCAGCUGAACCACAUUCUCGGUAUCCUUGGAUCCCCAUCACAGGAAGACCUGAAUUGUAUUAUAAACUUAAAAGCUAGAAACUAUUUGCUCUCUCUUCCACACAAAAAUAAGGUUCCAUGGAACAGGCUGUUUCCAAACGCCGACUCCAAAGCUCUGGACUUACUGGACAAAAUGUUGACGUUCAACCCUCACAAGAGGAUUGAAGUGGAACAGGCUCUGGCCCACCCGUAUCUGGAGCAGUAUUAUGACCCAAGUGACGAGCCCGUCGCUGAAGCACCAUUCAAGUUCGACAUGGAAUUGGAUGACUUGCCUAAGGAGAAGCUGAAAGAGCUCAUCUUUGAAGAGACCGCUAGAUUCCAGCCGGGAUACAGAUCUUAAACUCGCCAGGACGAGGGCUCAGAGGACUGGACGUGCUCAGACAGCGGUGUUCUUCUUCCCAGUUCUUGAUCCCUGGUCCUGUCUCCAGCCCGUCUCGGCUUAUCCACUUUGACUCCUUUGAGCCGUUUGGAGGGGCGGUUUCUGGUAGUUGUGGCUUUUAUGCUUUCAAAGAAUUCCUUCAGUCCAGAGAGUUACUCCUGGCGCCCCUGCGUGUCACCCCUGGGUGACCGCGGCAGUAUGUCCUCUGGGUGCACUCACUGCUUACCGUCGCUUCAGUCACUAAUCACUUUCUGGUUUGAAAGAUGCAGUGGUUCCUCCCUCUCCUGACUCCUUUCCUACCCCACGCCCUGCUCCCCGUGCAGCCACACUGGAGCACGCUCUUUUCCGAUUGGCUCUCGUCACUGGCAUCUCACUCGAUGAUAGGGAAGGCCACUACCUAGGGCACUUUACGUCAGUGACAGCCCCGUAUUUGCACUUCACCUUCCGGCCGUAGCGUCUGCCCGGAGCAGGCGCUCGAGGAGACAGCGUGGAAGCCGUUGCAGUCCGCUGCAGGUGCUUCUGUCUCAGAGCCUUUGGGGAGCGCUGGCCAGCAUCUUCCCUCAUGUUAGUCACUAACAUGUUCAAGGCAGGUGCUGUCUGCCAGCUCUUCGGAAAGUCAGUCAUGUUUCUAAUUGAAAAGCAGGCCCGCCCCCGGCAGUGUCAUCGUGUAGAUUUGCUGUGGUUACCCGUACCAUGUAUAGAGGAAUGACACCUGCCGAAACGCGCUCCCUGCAGGACGUAGUGCUCACAAGGCCCACCAGAAAGAUGGCGAGUGGCAGCUCCGCCCAGCCCGUGGGCACAGUGCACAGGCAGGGCCGGGCUGAGCGGUUUCUGGAGGAGCCGCAGGCCAACCAGGCCGGGGCUCCACCGCGGGGCACACGUGCCCCCAAGCUACUUCUCGCUGUGUGUGGUCCCCGAGCCACAUUCAGCCCGAGGGUGGAGCGGAGAGGAACACACUGCAUCUUUAAAUGAGAAAGUGUACGAUUUUUUCCUUCUACAGCAUGUCAGCAUCCCGAGUCCAUUUCUCAACCUACAAUAUAGCAGUUUGUAACGAGCCUUCCUGAGCUCACAUGAAGCACCGUUCUGUCGUCAAGUACUCUUAAACAUUUCUGCGCCUGCUGAGCUCAGGCGCUCAGAAAGGCUAGCACUCAGUCACGUUCGGAGCGCCGUCCGUACCUCCCCGGUCUCUAAGUACUCGUCCCUGCCGCUGUGUGCUGUGGAGCUGACUCGGGGUUCUGGACUCCCCACUGCUCUCUGUGCUGAGAAAUUUGCCUUGUUCAAUAAUUACUGUACCCUCGCAUGACUGUUACAGCUUUCUGUGCAGAGAUGACUGUCCAAGUGCCACAUGCCUAUGAUUGAAACGAAAAAUCUCUCGUGACCUCUGAGCUGUGUUCCACGGAAACGCUGUCCAGCAGCUCAUUUAGGAAAGAGCACUUCUAUUUUUAGCUUUUCGUUUCUCGGCUGUCCUUUUCUUCUCGUUUGAUUUCUGACAGCAGUGGAGAAUGGUUCGAUAGAGACUGCCUGCUAACGUGAACAGAAAUGCACUUGUAAUUCCUGGAAAUAAACGUACAUCUCCUACCUUCACAUUCA